AUGGCCAACAACAUCACAGGACAGCCCCUUUCCUCCUUUUUCCUCAUUGGGAUUCCUGGGCUGGAAAAGUUUCACCCCUGGCUCAGCAUCCCUGUCUUCCUCUUGUACAGCCUGUCGUUGCUGGGGAACUGCCUCAUCAUCCUCAUCAUCAGGAUGGAGUCAAGCCUCCACCAGCCCAUGUACUUCUUCCUCUGUAUGCUGGCUCUCAAUGACUUGGCUCUCUCCUCUUCCCCAGCUCCCAAGAUGCUCAGCAUCUUCUGGCUGGAUGACCAUGACACUGGCUUUGACACCUGCCUGGUCCAGCUGUACUUCAUUCACACCUUCUCCAUCAUUGAGUCGGCCCUCCUAGUGGCCAUGGCCUUUGACCGUUAUGUGGCCAUCUGCCAACCGCUGCGCUACACCACCAUUUUGACUAAUAAGGUGGUGGUACUGAUGGGGUUGGUGUCGUCAUUCCGGGCAGCCAUCAUGGUGUUCCCAUGUAUUGUCCUUAUCAAACGUCUGACCUUCUGCAACAAGAACACUAUUCACCACACAUACUGUGAGAACAUGGCUGUGGUGAAGCUGGCCUGCUCCAAUGCAAUCAUCAACCAGAUCUAUGGCAUCUGUGUGGCUUUUUCGGUAGUGAUGCUAGACGUGGGGCUCAUCACCGUGUCCUAUGUCAGGAUCCUCCAGGCCGUGUUCCGACUCUCCUCCAACAAAGCCCGGACCAAGGCAUUGGGAACUUGUGCCGCCCAUGUCUGUGCCAUCCUAAUAUUUUAUGUGCCUGCCCUCUUCAGCUUCCUGACCCACCGCAUUGGCAAAAAGGUGUCCCCAUCCAUCCACAUCAUCUUUGCCAGCAUCUACCUCCUGGUGCCCCCUGCUGUGAACCCUCUGGUCUACGGGGCCAAGACAAAGCUGAUCCGGGACCGGGUGAUUUUCAUCUUUUUUUCUAACAAGCAGACAGUCUCCAAAAAGUAG